UUGGUCAGAACAAUCGCCGUGACUUGCUCGUAUAAAUCACUGGCUAUCACUUACUUUGCACUACAUAUACAUUUGCCGACUCGAAGACCUUGUUCCACACCAGCGUCGCAUAUUCCGAUCACUCAUACGUCCACCGUAUGAUGAUCGAUUACAAUUUAUGCAUUAGUGACAUCACGUGAUGUCAGUACGAUGAGGUGAUUGAAAUUUUGAGAUCAAUGAAUUGAUCAAUGAUUUUUAUCUUAAUUAUAAUCACACCAAAACGAGAAAUGGCAUUGUGACGUAACCCGUUGUAACAAAUUUGCUUUCAAUCGCAACGCAAUGCGACGAACCGAUUGGACAUUGAAAAGCCCAUGGCGAGGGACGAAACCAAUCAGUCUAUGGCGGACAGUCGCAGUGAGUUUGGGCUGAACUCAGGACCUUAUGAGGAAGGAACAGAAAAAAAAAUCUAACGCCCAUUCAUCGUAAAUACGUUCUUCGCCCAACGUCGACGUUAUGGAGAGCGACGACAAUUGGUUAACAAGUGACGUCUUCAAGGGAAACUUCCACAAUGAUUAUAUACUCGGUGAAAUGAUCGGAAGGGGUUCGGUGUCGAUUGUGUAUACCUGUUUGCAUAAAGGAAGAAAAAAGUAUGCCUGCAAAAUGGUACCAAAGGAUCGAUUGAACAAAUCAGAAGUCCGGACGAGGGUUGAAACCUUGCUGAAACUUCGUCAUAACAAUAUCAUAUCUGCAAAAAAGGUCUAUAAUGAGAAUCGCCAUCUAUUCGUUAUAAUGGAUCUCGCGUAUGGCGGAGAGUUGCUAGAGAGGCUCGCAAUGAGGGGAGGACAUUCAGAAAAAGACGCUGCUGAGGCCGUUCGAGAUGCGCUCGCUGGAUUGAACUACCUCCACGGGAUGGGAUUAUGGCAUGGCAGUGUACGUCCUGAAAAAUUAAUCUAUGCAACGGAGGAUGAAAACUCCAGACUUCUCCUUGGAGAUAGAGGAAUUGCCGCGAAUCCCCUGAACAGCUAUAACGCGUUGUACUGCGCACCAGAAGUAUUGGACGGGGAAUUACCGACUACUGCAGCUGACAUGUGGUCCCUGGGAGUCGUUAUUUACAUUAUGCUGUGUGGAUUCGAACCUUUCCGAGGUACGAAGGAGACGGAAUUUCCAUCACCGUACUGGGAUGACAAGACGACAGAUUCGAAGCUGUUGAUAAUGCGACUCAUGCAGCAAAAACCGAAGGACAGACCGACGACACGCGACCUUCUUUUGGAUCCAUGGGUGCUAGGGAAGAAAUCUAGUGAGCGGCCGAUGCCAAUUACCGCUAAACAUCUACGCGAAUUCAAUGCUAGGAGAAAAUUCAAAGCUGCCACACUUGCUGUGAGAGCUACGCGUCGAGCGAUGGCGUUUUCGAAUUACCAUGAAGAAUUGAUUUGAGUAUUAAUUUGUUGUUAGAAAUUUUCCUGAAGUUAAUUUGAUACUGGGAGCAAGUUAUCUUCAAUUUAUGUCAAAGUAACUUGUUCUCGUUCAAAUAUCAGUUUAUUGAAUAAAGAGCUAUUUUUUUAUCGAUCUUGUUUCAUUUCCAGCUGCCGGAGUUUACUCACGAAGUUCUUAGCGUCGAUAGAAAUGUUGUUGGGUGCAGGUGUCGAUAAGUCACCAUCUGUCGGA